AGCGAGAGAAGAGAGGAGAAAGAGAGAGAGCAGAGAGCGAGAGGAGAGCGAGGUGUAGAGAAACCGAGGGGGAGAGAACCCGAGUGUGUGUAUGCGUGUGCGUGUGUGAGCGCGAGCGAGCUUGCGAGGGAGAAGAGCGAGAGAGUGCGAGCGAGAAAGAAUAAAAGGAAAGAAGAUUUUCUCUAUGUAUAUAAAGAUGGCCACGUUAGCAAACGGACAGGCUGACAACGCGAGCCUCAGUACCAACGGGCUCGGCAGCAGCCCGGGCAGCGCCGGGCACAUGAACGGAUUAAGCCACAGCCCGGGGAACCCGUCGACCAUUCCCAUGAAGGACCACGAUGCCAUCAAGCUGUUCAUUGGGCAGAUCCCCCGCAACCUGGAUGAGAAGGACCUCAAGCCCCUCUUCGAGGAGUUCGGCAAGAUCUACGAGCUUACGGUUCUGAAGGACAGGUUCACAGGCAUGCACAAAGGCUGCGCUUUCCUCACCUACUGCGAGCGUGAGUCAGCGCUGAAGGCCCAGAGCGCGCUGCACGAGCAGAAGACUCUGCCCGGGAUGAACCGGCCGAUCCAGGUGAAGCCAGCGGACAGCGAGAGCCGAGGAGGUAGUAGCUGCCUGCGCCAGCCCCCUUCACAAGAUAGAAAACUCUUUGUGGGCAUGCUCAACAAGCAGCAGUCCGAGGACGACGUGCGACGCCUCUUUGAGGCCUUCGGGAACAUUGAGGAGUGUACUAUCCUGCGUGGGCCGGAUGGCAACAGCAAGGGGUGCGCCUUUGUGAAGUACUCCUCCCAUGCUGAGGCGCAAGCCGCAAUCAACGCCCUACACGGCAGCCAGACUAUGCCGGGAGCCUCAUCCAGUCUGGUGGUCAAGUUUGCCGACACUGACAAGGAGCGCACGAUGCGGCGAAUGCAGCAGAUGGCUGGCCAGAUGGGCAUGUUCAACCCCAUGGCCAUCCCCUUCGGGGCCUACGGCGCCUAUGCACAGGCAAUGCAGCAGCAAGCGGCACUAAUGGCGUCAGUCGCACAGGGUGGCUACCUGAACCCCAUGGCUGCCUUCGCCGCCGCCCAGAUGCAGCAGAUGGCGGCCCUCAACAUGAAUGGCCUGGCGGCCGCACCCAUGACCCCAACCUCAGGUGGCAGCACCCCUCCGGGCAUCACUGCACCAGCUGUGCCUAGCAUCCCGUCCCCCAUUGGGGUGAACGGCUUCACCGGCCUCCCCCCACAGGCCAACGGGCAACCUGCUGCGGAAGCUGUGUUUGCUAACGGCAUCCACCCCUACCCAGCGCAGAGCCCCACCGCCGCGGACCCCCUGCAGCAGGCCUACGCUGGAGUGCAGCAGUACGCAGGUCCAGCCGCCUACCCUGCUGCCUAUGGUCAGAUAAGCCAGGCCUUUCCUCAGCCACCUCCAAUGAUCCCCCAGCAACAGAGAGAAGGUGAGUCUUUGAGCUGGGGCUUCCUCCCCACCCCCUGUUGUCCCCAAAGAGGCUAUUCACUUGGCCUUUGGCUGGGCUGUUUCUUUCGAAAGGUGACCACGUUUGUGUGUUGUGUGAAGACAGCAGGAUUGCAAGAUGCAGCCCUCUCCAAUCCAAGCAUGGAGGUGGGCUUCUGGAGGGCAGCUCUGCAAGCCCAAGUGGUAGGAGGUCAGAAAGGUGGAACGUGGAAGAGGUGGAGUCCAAGAGUCCCCCUCCCCUGAUAGACAGGAUUUGGCCAGUGGAGAGGAAGGGAAGAGAAGUAGAAAUGCUCGGAGUGGGGCAGGAGUAAGGAGUCCUGUUCGUCACCGAGAGGAGAACUCAUAUCCUCUGGGUGACCGGGAGAGACAGCUGGAGCUCCCAGGCUGGGACUCCACGGGCCGCUGAGGGGGCGCAAGUGCCUCAGUGCAGCCUGGUGGAAGAAGGGGUUGCUAAAAAGUCACAUCCAGAGGCCCUGGUGUGCACAGGGCACGGGGCAGGCCAGGCAAGGCCAGUGGGGUUUGGGAGGCUGGGAUCUAAUAAAGACCUUCAGUGUCCUCCCAUUCCAGAGCCUAGAGACGCACAGGAAGCUGGAGAAGUAAGCCCACCCUCAGGGACUCUGUGGACCUGCUCACAGAGAGAUCAGUGUGAGGGGCUGGAAUACUAACAAGGUCUUGCCUUC